UCUGUUUAACUUGACAAAAACAACUUGUUACAUAGUUUGUAUGUAAAGUUGUUUUAGAAAUUGAUCUUGUGUGAGGAUUUCUUGGCAAGGAUUAAGAAAGAGCUAGUAGUCAGCUUAUAUUACACCACGGAUGGACCACUAAUGAUUUCACCUGGUUCUUCAAGAGGUUUGAGACAGCAUCAUUUCACUGGCCAUUCUGGUAAUAAUAGCUACCUGAACACAGAGCCUCAGCGCCCCUCACAUCAAAGAAAAGACAGAUUCAUUUUGAUUGUUGCUACCCUCACAGAGAAAGAGAGAGGGGAUAGACUUUCCUUUAUGUUAUGAGGACCUGCUCUAAGGACAUCUGAUGGAGAGAGGUACAUUGAAGGACGAGAGGACCUGUUUCCCACAAAAGAAUUAUUUUUAAGAAAGUGCUAUGAAUGUUCGGUGGAAUUGGGCAGGCGUGGAAUUCCAGAGUAGUCCUUUCCAGCUCGUGAUAUGGGUUGUUUUAAGAAAUGAACUCUAACUUACAUACGACUCCAAAGAAGUUUUGUUUGCAUGUUUUUACGUAUUGCGUGGUAGUGAGCCUUAUCGUUUCACUCGGAUCCACGGUCUCUGUGAGACCCGAUCUUGUCGGAAUUACCCCUGGACAAGGACGGGAAGACAUAACUCAAAAAAAGAUGUUUCUGAGGACCAAAAGCCAUCGUGCUCUAGAAAUCUUGGAAGACGGUUCAGUACGAGGAACUGCCUGUGCAGAUACCAAAUUUUCACUUCUUCAAUCUGGGUCUCACAACCUAGGCAAUACCGUGUUCGGAAUAGCUGCCAACCGGUACCUGUGUGUUACACCUGACGGUGUCGUGUAUAGUUUACCGAAGGACAAAUUCGAUGAAGACGAUUGUGUGUUCAAUGAGACAGUUGAAUACGAGCAUUUUGGAGAAAAGUCUAAUCCGGGGUACCGGGAGUAUUCCAAAUACCGACACAAAAAGCAUGGAAUCCGACUGGGGAAAUCCGUACGAAAGUAUCACCUAGCGUUAGUGUGCAAUAAGGCUAUAACAGUAAGCAUGAAAAAACACAGAUUGAAAUAUGAAAACGAGACUCUGUUUCUUGUGGACCGUACGAACAAAGACCUGCUUAAUCUACAAGAAACGAAUUGCAAGGAUCCGUCCACUGUCGAUCUUAGUUGUAAAAAGAAAACAUCCUAUACGAAAAAGUGUUCAGAACAACUGAAGAGAAGGGGGUCAAACGGCAGGAGCAAUGUCAAGUUCUGUCGGAAGGUGAUGAAAAACUUUUUUAGCGCAACUCUUCGACAGUUGAGACUGUUUAGAAAACGCGACUGUUAUACCGUGUUAAGUGAGUACAACAAAUGUAGACGGCGGCGGCGACAGCGACGACAGCAGAGAAAAGGACCUUCAUGAAGGAAAACAAGUCUUUCAUACAGGAUUUAGAUCUGAGUUUCCACUAUUUGGGAACGUGACAGCUAGUCUAUGAAGCAGCUACCUGUGUAUGGUAACCAGGAAGUGAUGUCACGAUCCAGGAGGACAGUGUCUGUGAUGUGAUGACUUGAAGCGUCUCACAUAAUAGGCAGAAAAUCAUUGGUGCAAGAUGACUUUCUGCAAUUGAUUCAUUAUUUUGGGAAAAGAAUUGUAGUAUGUUCUCAUUCACCACUCGUCAUUUUUCUUCAAAUUUUGCGCAUUUUCCGCCAUUUGUUCACAUGUUGCAAUAUGAUGCUUGUGAUUGGUGGGUUUAAUUCAAGUGGUGCUCUCAGGGCGAUGACGUAUGUAUGUCGUAAUGGCGUUUCUAUGCUGUUUUCACUCACUAUAAUGUCACUUCAGAAGUGCAAUAGGAUAUUUUUGAAAAUUUCUGUUAGGAGUGCAGCGAGGGUUAGGACUGCAAUUGAAGGGUAAUGAGAGAGAGACAGAGAGAGAAACACGAUAGAGAGAUAGCUCAUAUUGUCAAAGAGUAUCUUUAUCCAAGAAGUGCCAAAUUUACUAACUCCUGUAAAAAGAUAAUUGUGAAUAUAGAUCUAGUUUCUUAGCAUUUGUAAAAAUUGUACAAAAGUUUACAAAGUACAAGUCUGUUUGUGUGUGUGGUUUUUUUUUUUUUUUUGUCUUUCUUAAGCAUGACAUUUUUUUUUAAUUUAAGACCAAUAUCCUUUGACACAAAUUCAAAAGCCCCGUGUUCCUUCUGUUACAGGCUUUAGCUACACAGAUCAGCGAUUCGUUGCCUUGUCGAUCUUUGUAUUGUAUUCUCUAUUGACUUGGGUAUUUCGAUAGCGUGUACAUUUAUGAUCAAAUACUUUAUUAGUAAUUAUGAUUGAACUAGAGCUGCACUCCAAACACCUGUUUUUUCUAUAUUGUAGUAUUUAUAUAUGAUGCCAGUAUUCAAUGCCAAAAAAAUGCCCUUGAUAUGCGAUCGUGUCUCAAUAUGUGUAAAAAGCAAGGGACUUAUAAUUUAAAAUACAUUGUUGUCAAAACUUAACUUAUGAACAAAACCAACAUCAUUUAUAGCUGUUGUUAUAAAAUUGUAUAUUAAAACUUUUUAAAGAUUU